AUGGCUACAAAAGUACCAACAACGCGUCGUAGUACAUUGAGAGUACUAAUGUUUCCAUGGUUGGCUUAUGGACACAUCUCUCCAUUUCUCGAUUUAGCCAAGAAACUCGCGGACAGGGGAUUCUCCAUUCGCGUAUGUUCUACAGUUAUAAGUCGUGAAACUAUCGCUAGAGAAAUCCCUGAAAAAUACUCUGCUUCAAUUAAGAUAGUUGAGCUUUGUUUACCAAAAUUGCCUGAAAUUCCUCCCAAUUGCCAUACGACGAAUGAUCUCCCACCUGAUAUGGAUCACAUUGUUCUAAAGACACUGAAGUUAUCCAAACCAAAUUUCUCAAAAAUCUUGCAAAAUCUGAAACCUGAUUUGGUAAUUUAUGACUUAUUGUUGCAAUGGGCUGAAGGCGUAGCGAAUGAGCAGGGAAUUCCAGCAAUGAAGUUUGUAGUUAUGGGUGCAGCUGUGUUUUCAUACUUUUAUAAUUCGAUAAGAAAACCCGAGGUUGAAUUACCUUUCCAGGAUAUUUAUCCUGGAAAAAUUGAGCUAAUGAAAAUAGAUGAAUUAAUUGAAAAAUCUACUAGAGAGAAAGAACUUGAUGAUGUUGAUCCUUUUGCUGAAGGAAAUAUACAAAUUAUGUUGAUGAGUACCUCUAGAACUAUAGAGGCCAAAUAUAUUGAUUAUUUCACUAAAUUGAGUAAUUGGAAAGUUAUUCCUGUUGGUCUACCAAUCAAAAAUCGAGUAACUAAUGACGCGGAUUACGUGGAGCUCAUUAAUUGGCUAGGAACAAAAGAUGAGAAUUCAACUGUUAUUGUCUCCUUUGGGUGUGAGUAUUUCUUGAGAAAAGAAGAAAUGGAGGAAAUGGCUUUUGGGUUGGAGCUAAGUAAUGUUAAUUUCAUAUGGGUUGUAAGAUUUCCAAAAGGGGAAGAGCAAAAUCUUGAAGAUGCAUUGCCAAAAGGUUUUCUUGAAAGAAUUGGAGAAAGGGGAAGAUUCUUGGAUAAAUUUGCAACACAAUCAAGAAUUCUAAAUCAUCCAAGUGUUGGUGGAUAUAUAAGUCCUUGUGGUUGGAGUAAUGUAAUUGAAUGUUUAGAUUUUGGGGUUCCUAUAAUAGCAAUGCCUAUACAUCUUGAUCAACCAAUGAAUGCUAAGUUGAUGGUAGAAUUGGGAGUCGCGGUGGAGAUUGUUAAAGAUGAUAAUGGGAAAAUUCACAGACAAGAAAUUGCGGAAACUCUUAAAGGCGUCAUAACAGGGAGAAAUUUGAGGGCACAAGUUAGAGAUAUCAGCAAAAAUUUGAAAUCCAUAGGAAAUGAAGAGAUGGAUGUAGCUGCUAAAGAGCUAAUUCAACUUUGUAAGAAUUAG